UAAUAAUCUGAGUAAGGAAUCUUUAGAUCAACUUGAAGUUUCAACUUUUAUUUCUAUUGAGUUUUGCUUCUUGUAAUUGUGUUCUGGCAGUAUGCACUAUUCUACUGGUGAUGUGAAAUUACUGCAAAUCCCUCUUAUCAUUUUAAAAUGCUGCAUCUUUCUAAAGAUAAGUCACUUAUACAAAUCAAGCAAUUAUGAUCAAACUAAUUAUUUCUAUUGAGCUUUUCUUCUUGUAAUUGUGUUCUGGCAGUAUGCACCAUUAUGCUGGUGAUGUGAAAUUACUGCAAAUCACUCUUAUCAUUUUACAGUGCUGCAUCUUUCUAAAGCUAACUCACUUAUACACAUCAAGCAAUUAUGGUCAAACUAACUAGUUUUGAUCAUACUCCCUGAUCUGUUUAAUGGCUUGCUGGAUUCGCAAGAAUCUAAGGAGAUUGUAGUUCCAAGGUGUCAUAUUUCAGCUGUCAAAGAUUGACAUACUGUUCUGUGACCCAAAAUGCAACUUCUAUUUCAAUUGAGUCUUGCUUCUUGGCAGCCCAUGCAUACUCUGGGAUUCCUGAACACUCAUUGGUGUUUCUGAGUUUGGUGAUGGAGAGCAUUCCGCGAUUAGCACAGCGUGUUCUUUCCGUGCCAUUCACUCCAAAAUACUUGAAAUCCUGUGAGAAAACGAGACCUCUUACCUCCCACUUAAUGCAACUCCACGGCUUCCGGAGACCAAUAUUCAUACAAUGGAAUCUGCAGGGAAGACCUUCUGUAUGCACUGACUUAGUAUCCGUGAAAAAUUACAGUUCUGCCACUGCUCGAGCAGGUUGGUUUCUGGGUUUAGGAGAGAAAAAAAAGCAAGUCAUCCCUGACAUUGUGAAAGCUGGUGAUCCUGUUCUUCAUGAACACGCUCAGGACGUUUCUCUUGGGGAGAUUGGGUCAGAACGGGUCCAAAAGAUCAUUGAUGAGAUGGUUAAGGUUAUGAGAAAUGCACCCGGAGUUGGUCUUGCUGCUCCUCAAAUUGGUAUUCCUUUGAAGAUAAUUGCGUUGGAAGACACAAACGAGUAUAUAAGCUAUGCUCCUAAAGAUGAAACCAAAGCACAGGACAGACGUCCAUUUGAUCUCCUGAUUAUUGUAAAUCCAAAGCUUAAAAAGAAAGGCAACAAAACUGCAUUGUUUUUCGAAGGGUGCUUGAGUGUUGAUGGGUUCAGAGCAGUUGUGGAAAGACACUUAGAAGUAGAGGUUACAGGUUUGGAUCGAAAUGGCAAAGCAAUCAAAGUUGAUGCUUCAGGGUGGCAGGCUCGCAUUUUGCAGCACGAAUGUGACCACCUAGACGGAACUCUUUAUGUCGACAAGAUGGUUCCUAGAACAUUCAGGACUGUAGCGAACUUGGACUUGCCUCUUGCAGCUGGAUGUCCUAAAUUGGGAGCAUGCUGAGUCCACUACCUCAAGCAACUCUUCAUGAACUGUGUUAACAAUAUUUUGCUUGCGAAUGGGAUCAUGGGUACAAUUAAGGAACUGUUGCACUACUUGGAUUCAGAUGUGAGGUAGCAGAUAUGUUUCCUUUAACAACAUUCUUUUUUUGAUGGAUGAGCUAUAAAGAUCCAAUUUUUUGAAUGGUAUACUGCUUCUCCGUGUACUAUUCUGUUACAACUUAAAGAAAAUACUUGGUGUGGUCUAGUGCUUACUAAAGUCGGUUGAGAAUUUCAGGUUCAUUUUCCAGAGGAGGUGAGCGCAAGCUGGUUCAGAUACUACAAUUAUCAAACGUUUAUUCUGAAUAUUAUGUCCUUUUUCAAUGGUUUUUUUGUUUU